UGGCUUUUUUCAUGAUGUUUUGUUGAAGAUUACAUUUUAUCACAAUUAUGAAUCAUUUAUGUUUUUUGUGUAAUUUUCAAUUUGGACAAUAGUAUUAACAUAUUUUUUUAAAUUAUGGAUUCUUCGAGAAGAAGUAACUCUGACGAUCAACGAUGUAUCCUGGGUUUGCAAGAUUUGAAAAUAUCCAACAAAGACGAUAAUGAUACUGAGCAAGCGCACUCUGCCUCGACGUCUAACACCAGUGCCCAAGUAAAGGCUAGACCCGUUGGCGCGAUAGAGAGUUUUACAUUAGAUAAUGCUCCUAUUAAUCGUCAAGAUUACAGUUUUUACGAACGUUCAAAUGUAAUAGCAGCAUCGAAAUUCGCUACCCCUAAGCGUGUAGAGACCAUCGCAUCAAUCAAUAAACGUGAUAUAAACACUACAGCACUCCCAGCUAGCCCUACGCGAUCUAUAGAUUCCAUUUCACAAAGAUCACUUAGUUAUCAAACGGAAGAUUUAUAUGAAAUACCAGGGAAUAAUAAUGUUCAAUAUCCUCCCCCUGUGUACGAAAAUAUAGACUAUUAUGGAGAGCAACAGCUGACUCAGCCCCCUUAUUACCACCAACUUUAUCAAAAUCCUCCAUUAGCGUCUGAAGGGUAUUAUAACACUCGAUACAGUAAAGCUCAACCUCAGGUGCCUGUUAAUAGUAAACCUAAAUCAAGUCCAUUGGUUUAUGAAAACAUGCUGUGUCCAGAAAAUGAAAAGAAAAAUGAAUAUAAAGUCCAGCCUAAUCCUGAUCAGCAGUUUAUUCAACAAGGCUCAGUUCCAGGACCACAGGUGGCCAACAGUACUUUGAACAGAAACAGUUCACUUAAAUUGAUAAAUGAUAAAAGUAAGGCAGAUCGAGUGCCCCCUCCACCACCAUAUAAUCCAUCAGCCGAUAACUCUAGUAGUGAUUAUACAGUUAUGAAAUCGGCUCCUCCUAAGUAUACAGAUGUCAGUUCUCUUUUGAAAAAUAACAAUUCUGUGAGUUUUGAUGACAAAGUGGUUACAAUUCCUUCGACAGCAAUUUAUGCUUCUAUUGCACCAAGUGCGCAAAGACCAAAAGCAAAUAUUGCCACUGAAGUUCAGGGGCCUGUGUCUGCCCCCAAGUAUUUUCAUCCUAAACCACCAGUAGGGAAUGGAUUAGCAAAAGUGAAACCAGCACCUAUUAAUGGAAACUAUGGUGCAAGCCCAAAACCUAUUCCUACCCGGAUGCAAAUAGUUGAAGACACUAAUGGCUCUGACUAUGUUUGUAUGACAGGUGGGUCUCCUGCUGCAGCUGUUGCUGCAGCAAAUAAAGACAAUGUAUCAUUAGCAUCAGAAACAAUUAGUUCCCGCAAUAUGGUUUCUGGACUAACAUUAUGUUCACCAGCUCAGUCUCCUGCCCCUAGUCCUACUCCUAGUUCGGUCUCUCAAGUAUCAGGGGGUUCUAGAGGUUCUGGUGGGCGUGGCAAAAGCUUGCUUCCAUACAGUAUUACUCCACCUAGGCCACCUGGUCCAAGUGAAGCGCAACGUAAAAUAGAAGAGCUCACUCGGCAACUUGAAGAAGAAAUGGAAAGGCAGGAUGAAGAAGGAGAAUAUUUUGGUAUAUGUCAUACAUGUGGAGCUGGUGUGACAGGUGCUGGGCAGGCAUGUCAAGCUAUGGGGAAUCUUUACCACACUAACUGUUUUAUCUGUUGUUCCUGUGGAAGAGCAUUACGUGGCAAGGCAUUUUACAAUGUCCAUGGCAAGGUGUACUGUGAAGAAGAUUAUUUGUAUUCGGGAUUUCAACAAACAGCUGAAAAAUGUGCAAUAUGUGGUCAUCUUAUAAUGGAGAUGAUAUUACAAGCUAUGGGUAAAUCAUACCAUCCAGGAUGUUUUCGGUGCUGCAUUUGUAAUGAGUGUCUUGAUGGCGUUCCCUUCACAGUUGACGUUGAUAAUAAAAUCUAUUGUGUUAAUGACUAUCACCGUAUGUUUGCACCAAAAUGUGCCAGUUGUGGUAAAGGUAUAACACCAGUGGAAGGAACUGAUGAAACGGUUCGGGUUGUCUCAAUGGAUCGUGACUUCCAUGUAGACUGUUACAUGUGCUGCUUUUGUGGAAUGCAACUAACUGAUGAACCUGAUAAACGCUGCUAUCCCCUAGCUGGAAAACUAAUGUGUCGUGUGUGCCAUCUGUCUGCCAUUGGAGCUUCCACGGGCCCUGGCAUGCCACCAGCACCACACCUUUCUCCAGCCUCUUAUCAGUAUAUGGGGUAAACAUCACAUAGAAAGAUUUUGGAAAUCAUUAUUAAAAAAUGGACUGUGUGUAAAUGUUAUUAGUAUUACCUUUCUGUUCAUUUGGUGAUAUUGAAAUAUAGUUACAUGGCAUACUGAGACUCCUAUGAUAAGUUGACAAUGCAGUUAAAUAAGUAGUUGGUAAGCUGAAGCCAUUGUAGUAUCUUUUAAAGACUUAACAUUGAUAAAAACUUGUUGUGAGGUGGUUAAGUUACUGUGAGUUAAAAACAGCAGGAAAGA